CUCUUCCGCCCGCCACAACCUCCGUGCACCGCUUCUUGGUGCGCCGUCCAGAGACCCGGCCCGCCUCCGCGUCCACGGAGUCCAGCCGCCUCACGGCGGGGUGCACGCGAAGCCGGCUCCACGCAGCGUCCUCCUUUCGCCACCACCACGUCCCCGUCCUCCCUCCCCCACCCAAAACCCGCCUCAUCCCCGUGUCAAAACCUCCGAGCUCGCCACAGCGAUCGCCAGCUCGCCUCGCCCACGCCCACGCCCGCGACCGCGGAGCUGACCCAUGGAGGACGUCCUGGACUCGGCGGUGGGGGCCCACUUCAGCGGCCUCCGCCGCGACUCGCGCCGCCUCUCCUCCUCCCUCCCCUCCUCGCCCUCCUCCGCCACCUGCAACGGCGCGGCCGACGCCUCCGCGGCCGCGCCCAGCGGGCUCGCGUCCCCCACGCCCAGGCAGCCGUUCGUCAUCGGGGUGUGCGGCGGAACGGCGUCGGGGAAGACGACGGUGUGCGACAUGAUCAUCCAGCAGCUCCACGACCACCGCGUCCUGCUCGUCAGCCAGGAUUCGUUCUACCGCGGUUUAACUGAGGAGGAAUCUGAACAUGUGGAAGAGUACAACUUUGAUCACCCUGAUGCAUUUGAUACUGAUCAGCUUCUGGAGUGCAUGGGAAAGCUAAAGAGUGGACAGUCUGUUAAUAUUCCUAUAUAUGAUUUCAAGAAUCAUCGACGAUGCUCUGAGAGCUUUAGAAAGGUCAAUGUAUCAGAUGUCAUCAUUCUGGAGGGCAUUUUGGUUUUUCAUGAUCAAAGGGUGCGUGACUUGAUGGACAUGAAAAUUUUCGUUGACACAGAUGCUGAUAUUAGGCUUGCCCGAAGAAUAAGGCGUGAUACAGUUGAAAGAGGUAGAGAUGUUCUCUCAGUGCUUGAGCAGUACGGGAGGUUUGUGAAGCCCGCCUUUGAUGAUUUUAUCCUGCCUUCCAAGAAGUAUGCUGAUGUGAUCAUACCACGAGGAGGAGAUAACCAUGUUGCCAUUGAUUUAAUUGCGCAACAUAUUCGUACAAAACUUGGACAACAUGACUUGUGCAAAUUAUAUCCAAAUGUUUGUGUAGUUCAGACAACUUUCCAGAUACGGGGAAUGCAUACCCUCAUUCGUGACCGGGAAAUUACGACUCCUGAUUUUGUCUUCUAUUCAGAUCGGCUGAUUCGUCUGGUAGUUGAGCAUGGUCUGGGGAAUUUGCCAUUUACAGAGAAGCAGGUCGUUACACCUACAGGAUCUAUUUAUUCAGGAGUUGACUUCUGCAAGAAGCUCUGUGGAGUGUCGAUUGUUCGAAGUGGUGAAAGCAUGGAGAAUGCUCUGCGUGCUUGUUGUAAGGGGAUAAAAAUAGGUAAAAUCCUAAUACAUCGUGUUGGAGACAACGGACAACAACUCAUAUACCACAAGCUGCCCGAGGAUAUUGCUCAACGUCAUGUUCUACUUAUGGAUCCUGUGCUCGGUACAGGUAACUCAGCAAAUCAAGCUAUACAGCUUCUUAGAAGUACAGGAGUUCCAGAGGACCACAUCAUGUUUCUUAAUCUUAUCUCGGCUCCUGAAGGAAUCCAUUGUGUCUGCAAGCGAUUCCCUGGUGUGAAGAUCGUAACAUCGGAGAUCGACGCCGGGUUGAACGAGGAAUACCGUGUCGUGCCAGGGCUGGGUGAAUACGGCGAUCGCUACUUCGGCACUGACUAAUCGGCUCACGACGCCGCUUCCAUUUGGCGGCGAAGCGAUAGAUGGGGUAGAGCUAACAGGAGAUAUACUGGUGUUUGGUUGUUGUAUACCGGCAGAGUGGAGCGGAGGCAUCACUCUGGCAACCAUUGGAGGCACCAAGGUCACAUGAUGACGUGCAUUAUCAUAAUUCAUAUGGCUAAGAUAGACACUUUGCGCCUUAUGUUCAUGUGACGAGCUUUGCCUUUUUGUGUGUGAGUUUUGAGGCCCUUGGCAUGAUUAUAACUUGGUCCUCAGCAGUUAUAAUGGCUUGAGAAAUGUAUAGCUUGCCUUGGAUU